AUGGCGCCAUCCAAGGCUCGUGAACCAGCAAUGGAAGACGCGGAACUGUCCUCCGCAGAAUCUGGGCCAGGUUCAGAAUCUGAAACCGAAAAUGAAAAGAAUGACGAACAGCCGCGGGCAACCAAGCGAAGAAGAUUAUCAACGUCCUCCGACGAUUCAUAUGUUGCGCCAGCACCGCUUCCUACACUUUCACGAAUAAAGAAGAAGGACACAGCGACUGCGGAUAAGGCAGCAGAGGCUGAGGCGCCAGUUUCGAGUCGAGAUGCUUUGGAGAUUGGACUUCAGACGACUACUUCGAGUUUCGAGUCGCUCGAGGUUGCGCCGUGGCUAGUGGGUGCGUUGUCGGCGAUGGCGAUCAAGAGACCGACUGCGAUUCAGAAAGCAUGUAUACCGGAGAUCCUUAAAGGGAGGGACUGUAUUGGUGGAAGUAGGACAGGUUCCGGAAAGACAGUUGCCUUUGCGGUUCCAAUCUUGCAGAAGUGGGCGCAGGAUCCGUUCGGAGUGUUUGCCGUGGUCUUGACGCCGACUAGAGAACUGGCUCUGCAGAUUUUCGAGCAGUUCAAGGCUAUCUCUGCCCCGCAAAACCUGAAGCCUGUCCUAAUCACCGGCGGAACCGAUAUGCGUCCUCAGGCCAUUGCGCUUUCGCAGAGACCUCAUGUGAUCAUUGCAACACCCGGUCGUCUCGCGGACCAUAUCAAUAAUUCUGGACAGGAUACUAUUUGUGGCCUGAACCGUGUGCGCAUGGUGGUUCUCGAUGAAGCGGAUCGACUACUUGCCAGUGGUCCUGGUAGCAUGUUGCCUGAUGUCGAGACCUGUCUAUCGGCCCUGCCUCCUUCUAGUGAACGCCAGACACUCCUGUUCACCGCUACAGUGACACCGGAGGUCAGAGCACUGAAAUCUAUGCCUCGACCAGCCAAUCGCCCACCGAUCUUCAUGACCGAAAUAUCUACUGAAAAUCAGGGAUCUAUUCCACCAACCCUGAAACAGACCUACCUUCAAGUCCCCAUGACACACCGCGAAGCAUUCCUCCACGUCCUUCUAUCCACUGAAGGCAAUGCUUCGAAACCAGCGAUCAUCUUCGUUAACCGCACAAAAACAGCGGAUCUCCUGGAACGCACCCUCCGACGACUGGGACACAGGGCCGCCUCACUACACAGUCUGCUCCCUCAGUCAGAGCGGACAGCAAACCUCGCUCGUUUCAGAGCAGCAGCUGCUCGUCUUCUGGUAGCCACCGAUGUUGCUUCUCGUGGUUUGGAUAUUCCGUCAGUCAGUCUAGUUAUCAAUUUCGAUGUUCCUCGGAACCCGGACGACUAUGUCCAUCGUGUCGGUCGUACUGCUCGUGCCGGACGCCACGGUGAAGCAGUCACUCUUGUUGGACAGCGAGAUGUGCAACUUGUCCUUGCUAUUGAACAGAGAGUCGGCCGCCAAAUGGUAGAGUGGGAAGAAGAAGGCGUCAGUAUCGAAGGAAGGGUUGUACGUGGUGGUGUUCUGAAAGAGGUGGGAGAGGCCAAGCGAGAGGCAAACGGAGAAAUCGAGGAAGGACGCGACGUACUAGGGCGCAAGAUAAACAAGUUGAAGAAGGCGCGGUGA